AUUUUAACAACAGUCAAAAAUGAAAAUAGUUUUACUGUAAAAGUCCUUAAGCUUGAUGAUGGGCAAGCUUUGCAUUGAGUACGUAAUGUGAUAUAUCCUUCACAUCGAUAAUCACAUUCUUAAUAUGGCAAAGGAAUAGUUACUUUGACAAUUAGGGACAUUAAUAUCAAAGGUAUUUUCUGUUCAUUCGCAACUCGUAGCAACUAAAAUUCUUGAUUCUGAGUUCAAACAAGUCAAACAUUGGUUUGCUAAUGGACCAUAACGUGAUAGACAACUAUAGUGGCAGCCUGAGAAUAAAUCAACUUAAUUUACUUUAACAACGACUUUUCAAUGGCGCUGAAUAUGCAUGGAUAAAAUAUUAAAUAUACAUUAUAGUUAAAUAGCUGCCUUAAAGUUUUGUUUUACGUAAACAACUGUUUCCGAGUUAAUAUCUAUCUGGACUACAAGAUGUACAAUUUUUUGAAGUAAUUGAACAUUCUAAACUUAAUUGA